GGCCCUGGCAGGUGAGAAGUACCGGGACCGGCAAAACGGACCGAGCUCCGGCGAGUCCCGGGAGCCGCCCCGGGGCCGGGCCGGGCGGUCCCGUCCGGUGCUGUCCGGGUUUUCGGCAGGAGCUGGCGGAAGUUGUCUGUUCAGGGUCCCGGGGUGGGGGCGGGGCAGGUCUCGCCUCACUUUGCUGAGGAGAAAAAAUGGUUUAAUGUGGGAUGGCGGAUGCAGCGCUGACCCCGGGGCCACAUUGGGAGAGAUUUUAUGUUUUUCCACUGUAGUCGGCGCUGGGGAGGCCAGUCCUCGAAUCCUGGGGUCAAUUUUGGGCCCCUGACAACAAAAGAGACCUUGAGGUGCUGGAGCGACUUGAGAGAAGGGAACGGAGCUGUGGUUCUCAGGACUUUGAAGCACCCGCAGGUUUGAUUUUAGGCACACCCUCGUUCCCUCGCCUUUUGCCUUUUUUCUGACGUGAUGCCCAAAGUGAAGCGGAGCAGGAAGCCUCCUCCGGAUGGCUGGGAGCUGAUUGAGCCGACACUGGAUGAGCUGGAUCAGAAGAUGAGAGAAGCGGAGACAGAGCCUCACGAAGGGAAGAGGAAAGUGGAAUCGCUUUGGCCCAUCUUCAGAAUUCACCACCAGAAGACACGUUACAUCUUUGAUCUCUUCUAUAAAAGAAAAGCCAUCAGCAGAGAGCUCUAUGAGUACUGCAUCAAGGAAGGAUACGCUGACAAAAACCUGAUUGCAAAGUGGAAGAAGCAGGGUUACGAGAACCUCUGCUGCCUGCGCUGUAUCCAGACACGCGACACCAACUUCGGAACCAACUGCAUCUGCAGGGUCCCCAAAAGCAAACUGGAAGUGGGGAGAAUCAUCGAGUGCACCCACUGCGGCUGCAGAGGCUGUUCUGGGUGAAGCCUUUCGCCAUAAAGCUACUUUUUGAACUCUGGACAUCAUUCGACCCAUCGGACUGUUGGUGCAGUUAUAGACACCAUCUGCAGGAUUGGAUAUUUCUGUAUAACAGUUAAAACAGCUACAAAUUCACCAGGAUUGUAUAGACAAUGGUGGUUGUUUUGGAGUAGGUUUUGUGUAGCCGUUUAUUUUAAAAUAAAGUCUGCCUUCUUGAGAGAGCA